CGAAGGAAGAGAGAUUUAGAGAGAGAGAGAGAGAGAGAGAUUUAGAGAGAGAGACAUGGUGACGGAUUUGUUGAUCCGUGGGUAUACGUAUUUCUUCGUAGCACUGCUGUUUUUGGGACUCGUGCCUUUAGGCACAUCAUCGAAUUCAAAAGAGCAGCUGAGCUCCAGCGAAUGCGAGAAUCUGGGCUUCACAGGCCUCGCUCUCUGUUCUGAUUGCAACACGUUUGCUGAGUACGUCAAGGACCAAGAAUUGGUAUCAGACUGUUUAAAGUGUUGCGCAGAAGAUUCUGAUGAUUCUACAAGCAAGAUUACCUAUUCUGGUGCCAUAUUGGAGGUCUGCAUGAGGAAACUGGUUUUCUAUCCUGAAAUUGUUGGUUUCAUUGAAGAAGAGAAGGAUCGGUUCCCUUCAGUUAAAGUACAAUACCUUUUCAAUUCACCUCCAAAAUUGAUAAUGCUCGACAAUGCCGGCCAACCCAAGGAAACAAUUAGGAUCGACAACUGGAAACGCGAACAUAUACUGCAGUUUCUGAAAGAGAAGGUCAAGCGUACUUCAGCAUACUGAGAGUCGUCUUCAAAUCUUGAUGACAUUUGAUUAAUCACGGCCUCAAUCCUUUCUUGUCAUUGAUAAGGAGGAAGAUUUGCGGUAGAAGUAACUUUUGGACUUGCAAACUGAAGUUUGUUGAUGUGGAAAUGCAUGUUGAUAUCAUCAUGUGUGAUGGACUGCCAACAUGGUCUUUUACUUGGAUUAUAGGGAUUUGGUUUAUUUGUGUGUGUACUUUUAGAUGAUCAUAAAUAGGAUCACAGGAUUGGCCAUUUACAAGAUUCAGCAGAUUUACACGAUAAUUGGUCAUUAUUAAGACUUCUUUUGAUU